AUGCCGAGAAAUCCUAAACCUGCUAUCCCUGAAAUGAGUGACGGCACCUUGAUGAUCGAUGAUGGUAACUCAAACAACUGUAAACAAUGCGGAGGACCAGAGACCGAUGAAAUGGUCCAAUGCGACAGCUGCGAUUUAUGGUUUCAUUUUAGUUGCGUGGACGUAACAGACAGCGUCGCAGACCGGUCAUGGAGUUGCCCAUCAUGCCGUGCUAAUGUUCAAAGCUCAGUAAGUACCCAUAAAUUGCCCCUUAAUGUGCCACAGAUUCGCCCGACAAUUAGUCAAAUGCCCCCCGUUGAAAAGGCUACUCAUCAUCUUCGAAAAACAAUCGACGUCGUGAGCCAACUAUCAAUACCAAGUACGAAUAUAGCCCCAAGUUCUAUUUUCCCCCCAUUAAAUACAACACCAACAAUAACAUUUGCUUCAUCGAAUGACGUUCGCCGUAGACCAACAUCAAACGUAAAUAUACAGUCAAUUCCUGUCAGUACUACGCUCAAUUUGAACUCGAUCGUGCAACCCAGUGCAAUGUUUAGUGCGCCUAUUUCUAGUGCUAUGGUUUCUGUUUCGAAAACACCCAUCUCUUCUAGAAAUGCUCCACCAGUAACGGCCAACAAGUUGUCCAUGCAGCCUGCGAACGAUAAACGCAACCUUGGAAAGGAACUUCCAGCGAAUCAACUGCAGCAGAAAGCGACAAAUUCCCGAAGGUCAUCAACUAACCGAGCCAUUCUUCUAGAGCUGAAGAAGUUGGAGGAAGAGCAGGAGAUUCUCAAUCAAAUGCACCAACAGAAAUUGGAUAAUCUUAGCAAACGAUAUGACUUACUUCAAGAGGCGGCCAGUGAAUCAUCCUAUGGGUUUGCUGCGGAGGAGGUGGAUUCGGAUACAAAGGUAGAAGAUUGGCUAGAACGGUCCAAUCAGCAGAAGGCUAAUCCCUUUGAAGAGGAAUGGAACCACUCGGCCACAGGCAGGAGACCUCCGAAUGCAGCUGUACCAUCGGGCAUGACAUCGCGACGUGAAGAUGUACCUCUCCAACCGGUUACUCAGCAGCGACGAUCUUCCGGUAAGAUACGAUUUGAGCAACAGUUAGUUACAGCAGCAAAUGAUAAUCAUAAUGAUCGGAUGCUACCAAGUCAGCAGCCGUUCCUACAACCCUUUGGAGAACAAGCACAACGUUAUAAUGAUCUCGGAGGCUCACAGCACCAAGCAGCAAAUUAUCAAUUCCUUCCUAAACACCGAUCAACGCCUCAGUAUUCAAACUUCCAUACUGUACAGGGGAAUGCAGACAUCGACCUGACUAACAGCCAAGUACACGCUAGGCAAGCUGUAAACCGAGAGCUUCCCAUCUUUAGCGGAAUUCCUGAAGAGUGGCCCCUGUUCUUUUCCACCUUUAAUACCACUACCUCAAUGUGCGCGUUUACACCCGAAGAGAACCUUUUACGGCUUCAAAAAUGUUUAAAGGGAAAGGCGUUCGAUGCAGUCAAAUGCAUGUUGAUGCACCCAUCCAAUAUAACAACUAUCAUUUCAACGUUACGCAUGCUAUUUGGAAAUCCAGAAAUUAUUAUUCAUAAUCUUGUUUCGAAAAUUCAAGCCACUCCAGCACUGCAAGCAGAACGGUUGGAUACACUUAUUGAGUUUGCUCUGGAAGUGAAAAAUUUGUGUGCAACAAUUGAAGCAUGCCAAUUGGAAGAGUAUACUUAUAACAUCACACUUCUCCGUGCGCUAAUUGGAAAACUUCCUAUGUUGUUCCAGGUGGAAUGGGCAAAGUUUACGAGAUCGUUGACUGUAUUGACCCUUAAAAAGUUUUCUGAUUGGCUUUAUGAUUUAGCCGAAACAGUUUCACCAAUAGCUUCUUUAACAACAAAUGCCAGGAUGGUGAAAGUCGCCAAAAGAGGCACAGCGUUUCUCAACACACACUUAGAGUGUAAUCAAGUACAGUUAGAUUCCUUUCCAUCAAAUAGGCAGAACGAACAGGAAAACACUAGAGCUUUCGUACAGAACAAAAUUGUCGAUAGGGCUUGCAUGGUAUGUAAGGAAGGCUGUCCAAAUAUUGAGAAAUGUAAACGAUUCGAAGAAUUAAGCUUCAAGGCGCGCUGGGCAGUUGUGAACGAAUUCAGACUCUGCAAACGUUGUCUAGGAAGACAUGGACGAGCUCCUUGCAAAUCGCACAAAAUCUGUGGACAGCAGGGCUGUCAGUAUAAGCAUCACCCAUUCCUUCACAAAUUUAUCGAGGUAGGACCACAAAGCGUUCUAAGGGAAGGACCACAAAGCGAUCCAAUGGAAGGACCAAGUUCAAUUACCACAGGUGAAUGUAAUAUGCACCACUCUUCCAAUCAAGCACUUUUGCGAGUAGUGCCUGUCAUACUUUACGGACCUCAAAAACAAAUACAUACGCAUGCGUUUCUUGACGAUGGAUCGUCCAUUACCUUGGUUGAUACAGCACUAGCGUCGGACUUAGGAAUCAGUGGAAAAUCUGAACCUCUUUGUCUGAAAUGGACAGGAAACAAGACUCGUAGGGAAAUGGAUUCCAAAAAUAUAAGCCUCGAAAUAUCAGGUACAGAGAAAAAUCACAAACGUUUCCAACUACCAGAAGUACACACCGUAUCCAAUCUCAAUUUAUUUCACCAGACAUUGGAUAUGGAAAAACUGAAAGAUCGCUACCAACAUCUGCAGGGAAUUCCGGCGAAAUCCUAUAUAGACGUACAACCAAGGAUUCUUAUUGGCAGCAAUUACGCAAAUUUAGGUUACGUUUUGAAAGGGAAAGAAGGUAGAAUGUUUGAGCCGGUUGCUACCAAAACUCGACUUGGCUGGAUCGUAUACGGAGGCAGUGACAAAACGUGGCUACAGUUCUUAGAGUAUCACCACCUGCAUCACUGUGAAUGCAAGGAAAAAGGAAACGAUGAACUUCAUAACGCAAUGAAAGAGUUUUUCGCUAUCGAUAAAGCUGGUAUCGAAAAACCUAUGAGGCUGAUUGAGUCAAAGGAAAACCGCCGUGCAUGUGACAUCUUGGAAUCAUUUCAGCGUACUGCGAGUGGUCGUUAUAAACUAAGACUUCUGUGGAAAUUCGAUGAAUUUCGUUUACCAAACAGUAAAGCUAACGCUCUACGUCGAGCACAGUGUCUCGAAACGAAACUUAGAAAGGACCCACAGCUAGCUGCUGUGUUGACUGACAAGAUCAAUGAUUACGUUUCCAAGGGCUAUAUUCGAAAAUUAUCUGACAAAGAGCUGGCUGUAAAGCAGAAACGAGAAUGGUAUUUGCCUAUAUUCCCGGUAUUUAAUGCCAACAAACCGAAGAAGGUACGCCUGGUGUGGGACGCAGCAGCUAAGGUUCAAGGUGUCUCGCUCAACUCACUACUGCUCAAGGGUCCUGAUCAGAAUACCUGCCUACUCGAUGUGCUGAUUCGGUUUAGAGAGAACCGGAUAGGGGUAUGCGGCGACAUUAGGGAAAUGUACCAUCAAAUUCUCGUCGCCGAAGAGGAUCAACACUGCCAGCGCUUUCUAUGGAAAGGGAAUCUAACGGAUGGCGAACCAAGCACCUAUGUGAUGCAGGUGAUGACCUUUGGAGCAAGCUGCUCCCCCAGUUGUGCUCAGUUCGUAAAAAACUUAAAUGCAGAAAAAUACGAAAGCCAAUACCCUAGAGCAGCCGCAGUAAUAAAAAAUAAUCACUACGUUGAUGACAUGCUGCUAAGUGUGGAGUCAGAACAAGAAGCUAGUCAACUGGCUCAAGAUGUUCAUUUUAUACAUGCUCAAGCGGGAUUUGAGAUGCGAAACUGGUUAUCGAAUUCUCCAACAGUAUUAGCAGCGCUCAAUGGAAGUAGUCUACAAGGAAAAAGCUUAAACUUUGAAGAUGAGUUGUCCACAGAGAAAGUCCUAGGGAUGUGGUGGUGUACUGCAGCCGAUUGUUUUACGUACAAAUUGUCUCCGAAACACGAAGAAGAUUUGCUAGCCGGCAGACGCGUACCAACGAAGCGUGAAGUACUUCGCACACUUAUGGCGAUUUUCGAUCCGCUAGGAUUUCUUUCAAAUCUACUUAUCUUCCUCAAAAUACUGCUGCAGGAAAUUUGGAGGAGUUCAAUUGGAUGGGACGAAAAAAUACCGAAAAAACUUUUUGAUGACUGGCUAAUGUGGCUUAGCGUGUUACCAACAGUUCAAAACAUCAAAAUUCCCCGCUGUUAUCGCUCGAAAAUAUCGUUUGAUGAGAAUACAUCGAUAACCUUACACACAUUUGUUGAUGCAAGCGAAUUAGGAUAUGCGGCUGUAGUUUAUCUUCGAUUCCAACAGGGCAACAGAGUUGAAGUUGCCAUUGUAGGGGCUAAGGCUCGAGUAGCACCCUUGAAGUUUCUUUCAAUACCGCGUAUGGAACUACAGGCAGCAGUUAUUGGGACCAGAUUGGCUGAUUCUGUUGCGAAGGCACUAUCGUUCAAGACGAAGCAACGGUUCUUUUGGAGUGAUUCCCGAAACGUUCUUUGUUGGAUAAGAUCAGACCACCGCCGAUACUCACACUACGUUGCUCAUCGGGUCAGUGAAAUUUUGGAAACCACACAAAUUAAGGACUGGAAAUGGAUAUCCACCAUGGACAACGUUGCAGAUGAAGCUACGAAGUGGCAACGCUUACCUGAUCUUAACAACCAAAGUCGAUGGCUAAAUGGUCCAGACUUCCUGAGAGAAAACGAAACGGCGUGGCCAAGCGAGCACUUUGGGAAGGAGUUUACGGAAGAAGAGCUUAGACCGAAUAAUUCUUGUAACGUGCAUAGCAUAUUUCCUGUCAAUCAUUUACGACCAGAUAAUUGUAGGAGUUGGAAUUUUCUCAGGCGAACUGCAGCCUGGGUUCUGCGAUACAUUGCCAACCUCAAAAUUAAAGAAGAAUUUAAGACGAAACGCGAACUGGGACCACUUUCCGGCAAAGAAAUCCACCGAGGGGAGGUUUUAGCGUUUAGAGAAGCCCAAAGUGAGCACUUCGAUGGCGAAAUUAGUUUACUAAGCUCAACAUUACCUUCCCCGUCUCAAAUACCGAAAUCAAGCUCAAUAUAUAAGCUUUGGCCAUUUCUCGAUGACGAACGAGUCUUGCGAGCUUCUACUCGGAUCGGCGCUUGUGAAGCAGUCAGCAUGGAUGCAAAACAUCCUAUCAUACUUCCGAAAGACCAUCGAAUCACUUGGCUAAUCGUACAACACUACCAUGUUAAAUUCUAUCAUCGCAACCAUCAGACAGUCAUCAAUGAAAUACGACAAAGGUUCCGUAUAACUCCUAGGUUAUCCAGUUUGUACUGGAAGGUUCGAGCGAAUUGCCAGUUGUGCAAGAAUCUGAAGGCUGCUCCGAGACCACCUCGGAUGAGUAAUCUUCCAGCAACAAGACUUUCCGCGUUUACCAGACCAUUCUCGUUCGUAGGCGUCGACUAUUUCGGUCCGAUGUUUGUCACCGUGAAGCGUAGUACUGAAAAGCGUUGGGGCGUAUUGAUAACAUGUUUGACUAUUAGAGCUGUACACAUCGAGAUAGCACAUUCCUUGUCAGCAGAAUCCUGCAUAAUGGCACUUAGAAAUUUUAUGGGGAGAAGAGGUACACCGAUUCAAAUUUUUAGCGACCGUGGCACAAAUUUCAUAGGGGCAAAUAAAGAGCUUAAGUUGGCAUUAAGGGAAAUGAACCAGAAUACUAUUCUUCGAGAAAUUUCAAGUCCAGACACCACUUGGUCUUUCAUACCACCAGCGUCUCCUCAUAUGGGUGGAUCUUGGGAACGAAUGAUCCAAACAGUUAAACGUAACCUAAAUCAGAUCAAACCCAAGCACCAACUUAACGAUGAGGUGCUACGCAACUUGUUAAUAGAAGUAGAGAACACCGUCAACUCUAGGCCGCUAACUCAUGUUUCAUCUGAGGAUUCGGAGCAACCAGUAUUAACUCCGAACCACUUCUUGGUUGGGUCAUCGAACGGGUUGAAACCAGCCUCGUUGUUGGACGACAGGGACGAAGUCGUGAACAAAUCGUGGAAGUCGUCGCAGAUAGAAGCAAAUAUCUUCUGGAAACGUUGGGUACGAGACUACCUACCCGAUCUUACCAAACGUACAAAAUGGCACGCUCCAGUGGUUCCUAUCCAGGUGGGCGAUAUCGUGGUGGUAGUGGACUCCAAUCUACCUAGAAACUGCUGGCCAAUUGGCAGAGUUAUUUCAGCAGAACCAAGCAACGACGGAGAAGUAAGAAAGGCGGUCAUCCAGACAUCCAACGGAAUCUACGAACGACCAGCAGUGAAGCUUGCUGUACUGGAUGUUCAACGCAAAACGGAGUAA